AUGCCUUUUGGUCCACUCGAGGAGUCAGUGCUCACCGUCGCGGCACCCAGUCAUGCUCCAGCACCGUUCACCCCCUACAAGUCCGGUAUCAGCAUUCAGAAAAGCCGCUACAUCACGUCCAACGAUCCGCGAGGGUAUAUCCCCGUGUAUGAGUACUCGGUUAAUGGGCAUUGGAUCAUGAUAGACGCAGACGAUAGCUUCGUCCUCUGGACUGGCAUAUGGAAAGCCCUGGGUAACUCCAAAGCGGACGUCGUAAAAAUGGUCGAGUCAGUGCCUGACCUCGCGAGUCAGAUACGUAGAGUGAGAGGGGGGUACCUCAAGAUACAAGGUACUUGGAUGCCUUAUAAAACUGCAGCUCAUCUCGCUCGACGUGUCGCUUAUAAUAUUCGAGAGGAACUGGUGCCAAUAUUCGGUCCGGAGUUUCCGAAUUCGUGUCUGGCUCCUCAUGAAGACGGGUAUGGCCAGUUGAACGAGAAGGGCAGUCGACGCCGUCCACGUCGAACUGCGCAGGCUUCUGUAUUCUCCACCAGCGGCGGUCAGGGCAGCCAUAAUGGCGGUUGGGCGAUGGUCAACUGGAAUACAGCCUCGGCAUCAUCAGAUACUGGGCACCAAUCUACUCAACGCGCAGCGACUCUCCAAUCGACAUCUGCGCCCGUACCGUCUCCUCUCCACGAACUCGGUGUCAACCGUUCCCCAACAUCUUUCACCAGCCGUUAUGCACCCUACUCAACGCCUCGCUCUCCACACUCGCCCGAAGACCGUCAUCGACGACAUGCGACCGCCUCGCUGCCUCCAACCAAGGUCGUGGCUUCUCUGGCGCCGACUGCACAGUUCAUACCCCAGGUCGCCCGUGAUGGUCGUGAACUGCUGCUGCCCCCCGUCAACGAGCUUUCCGCGGGCCGUCCACUGUCUGCAAUAGAAUCGCGAGCACUCUUACACCGCCUUCGGGAAGAUGACGCUAAACAGCGUCUGCCCGCGGCGCCAGAGCCAACUUCGCUCAGUCAGCAGGCAACUCUGCUCGAUCAAGAAAUGCGCAGGCGGUCUGAAAUACUCCUUGCUGGCGGUUGUGCCACCACCGAGGCACACAGCCCUAAAACCUCUAGCCCAACGCACGCAAUGCACUUGGUGAACUUAACUUCUACGACCGAUAGGGAUGUCAGGUUCAGGGGCGUACCCCGCCUCACGGUCCCCGAGCCGUCCUUGCGACCUCGCUUAGACGGCCCGGCGAGCUGCGAUUCUUCCAGCGCGAGCACCGGUUCGUUUGAACACAGCCCUAUCACUCCCGUCACGCCUCCACAACUCCCUUCUCCCUCGACAGAUGCCGCGGCCGAGCGCAUGCACGGUCUCCCGUCUAUUUCCAUGCUAAAGCAACACGUCGACGGCACCGAAACGCGAGCUCAUCUGUGGUAG